AUGUGCAGUGCCCCCUACAAUACAACUAAUUAUCAUCCCAACAGCACUAUUGCUGUAGAUUCUUCCAAGAAUAAAGCUUACACUAUACGAGAAGCAAACCCAGCCGAUAUUAGUCAAAUAACCGAAAUUUACGCUCAUUAUGUCAACUUUGACCUAUGUACCUUUGAAGAAAUAGCACCGACUAUUGAUGAAAUGUUAAAGCGAUAUACCGACAUUACUGAACAAAAGUUACCAUACAUUGUAGCCACGACAGACAAUGAUAUGAUAUUAGGCUACGCUUACGCUGUGCCUCAUCGAACUCGAUCUGCUUAUCGUUUUACUGUUGAAGAUUCGAUUUAUGUUUCACCUUCGGCGUUGCGGUUGGGUAUUGGAUAUGCAUUAUUACGUGAAUUAAUUAAACUUUGCACUUUGUUAGGUCAUAGACAAAUGGUGGCUGUGAUAGCAGACUGUGGCAAACAAAAUUCUAUUCAAUUACAUGAACGUCUAGGAUUUAAGCGUGCUGGUUUAUUGUCAUCGGUUGGCUACAAGAAACAACGUUGGAUCAAUACUAUACUCAUGCAAGUCGCCCUUGGAAAUGGUGAUAAAACGUCGCCUAAUUCGUAG